CCUUCUACUUCCUUAAUGUAUAUAAAGAAGAAGCAUCGUACGGAUUUCAAGGCAAAUACCAAGAGCAACAUGUACGGUAAGGUGCUUUUGAUUCUUACAACGACUCUGGCUGUGAUCAGUGCCCAGAUACCUACUCUAGGUUGGUGUCCUGAGUACGUCCCAAUGGCGAACUUUGAUAUGAACAGGUUUUUGGGAACUUGGUACGAAGCGGAAAGAUAUUUCCAACUAGCUGAAGUGGUUUCACGUUGCGUCAUGUCAAAUUACACAAAAGGUCCUGAUGGAAAACUUCGUGUAAGCAACGAAGUUACAAGCAGGAUUACCGGAAUCAAAAGAAUAUUGGAAGGUGAAAUCAAACAAGCAGCAUCAAAGGCAGAGGAAGGGAAAUUGCAUGUGAAAUAUACGGCCUUACCUUUAACUCCAGAGACGCAUUAUUCAGUGUUAGAAACUGAUUAUGAUAAUUAUGCAGUGUUAUGGAGCUGUUCUGGUAUCGGUCCGAUAAAUGCCCAAAAUGCUUGGGUAAUGACCAGAGAGAGAAACGCACCUGGAUCGAUACUUCAAAAGGCUUAUGGCGUUUUGGACAAAUACAAAAUUUCCAAAGCAUUUUUCGUAAAGACGAAUCAAGAUGAUUGCGUUUAUCUAACACCGAGUACGGUUACCCUUGAAGAUAGCACUUCAGCCAAUGCGGAAAAGGAAGAAUCCGAUACAACUGAGGACCACGCGCGAAACGUACCUCUUUUACCCGAUGACUCUUCUACCAAACCAGCCCAACACGUAGAAGAAUCGAUCGUUGAGGAGAAAAUACUGCAAACAGUAGAAACCGUACCGCAGAAAAUUCUCAAGAUCGCGGAGUUAGCAAAAAAAGACGAAAAGCUAUUCGAAAAGCCGACGAAGAAUUCGGAGGAUUUGGAAAAGAAAUUAAUGUUAUCGUUAUCAAUAAUUCUUGUUUUGGUGGGUAUGGCGUUGGCCCAAAUACCAGCUUUGGGCAGUUGUCCAGAUGUCCAAAUUCUUACCGACUUUGAUGUAGGAAAGUAUAUGGGAGUGUGGUACGAGAUAGAAAAAUAUUUUACGGUGUUCGAGCUUGGUGGAAAGUGCGUGGAAGCUAAUUACACGGCUAAAGAUAACACCACAGUGAAUGUAAUAAAUCGACAAAUUUCUGCUAUAACCGGCGUCGCUAUGUCGAUCGAAGGAUACGCAAGAUUUCAGGGACUACCGAACGAAUCAAAAUUGAUCGUAACUUUCCCAUCUGUACCAUUUGCGGGGGAUGCUCCUUAUUGGGUUCUAGGAACCGAUUAUAAAAACUAUGCUGUCGUUUGGAGUUGUAGAAAUUAUGGAAUAUUUAAUGCUAAAAUUGUUUGGAUCUUGGCACGAGAACGCUCACCAUCUGUAGCUAUUAUGAAGGACGCUUACCAAGUUCUUGACAGAAACAAAAUAAGUAGAGCUUACUUCAUACGCACGGAUCAAAGGAAUUGUACAGCGAAUUAUUAAAAAAUUCGUUAUUGCUUCUUUUGCAAAUUUAGUUUAAGGAUUUCAUGAUUGUUAUGUAUUUGAUAGAAGUUGUUAAAGAAAUUUUACGAAAUUAUUGUGAUCAUACAACCCUUUAGUUUUAAAUACAUACAUUGGAUUGGAUAGAAAGUAUCAGUGGAAUUUGCCAAUAGAUAGUGCUAGCGUCGAUAUCUCGGUUGGUAUGAUUCUUAUCGGGUUAUACUACCCAGUGAACCCAAGACCUUAAAAUGAUGUCAUACGUAUGUCAUAAAGUCAUCUUCAAAUUUUUUAA